AAAAUGACACUAGUGCAUGUGUUUGAGACUAUUUGGGAGACAAAAGACUCAGUUUUGCAGCCUAUGUGGGACUACUUGCGACUCAACCACUCUGAAACGCUUCGGUCUCCUCUCUUUCCUGUGAUUUUGACCGUAGCAUCGUAUUUUGUUCUUUGCGUACCCUACCUAGUCUGUGACAUCGUGGGAAAGAAGUGGCCAGCUAUUUACCGGUACAAGAUCCAACCUGACAAGCUUCCCACAACUGCAAUGCUCCUUCACUGCAGUGGAGUUACUCUUUAUAACCACAUACUUCUGGUGUUUCCUGCAGCAGUGGCUCAGUGGUUGUGGAGACCUCCUGUUCCUCUGCCUGAACGAGCACCUACAUUGUUUGAACUUGCAGGUGGGGUGACUGGAAACCUUCUUCUCUUUGACUUCCAGUAUUUCAUCUGGCACUUUUUGCAUCAUAAGAUCCGCUGGCUGUAUGUGACUUUCCAUGCUAUCCACCAUAAUUACUCUGCGCCCUUUGCUCUGGCCACACAGUGCCUCGGGGGAUGGGAGUUGGUCACGGUGGGCUUCUGGACCACGAUCAACCCCGUUCUGCUGAGGUGUCAUCUGCUCACCACCUGGAUGUUCAUGGUGGUCCACGUGUAUGUGUCAGUAGAAGACCACUGCGGAUAUGAUUUCCCUUGGUCCACAUCUCGUCUGAUCCCUUUUGGUGUUUAUGGAGGUCCGAGCAAGCAUGAUGUGCACCACCAGAAACCUAAUACUAACUUUGCACCCCAUUUUAGUCACUGGGAUAAACUGUUCGGCACUCAUGCUGAUUUUAGUUAUGCUAAAACGCAGUGAUGAACAUGCAUGCAUGCAAAUGUAUGUAAAGAGUGCAUGUUUGUUUGCUUCAGGCAGAGCUUCAGUUUUUGGCAUUGACUUUAUUUGUAUACGAACAGUACAAAAAGCAUGAUUUAAAGGGAUAGUUCACCCAAAAAUGAAAAUUCUGUCAUCAUUUACUCACCCUCAAGUUGUUCCAAACCUGUGUGAGUUUCUUUUUUCUGUUGAACACAAAAGAAGAUAUCUUGGUAAUCAAACAAUUAAUGGACCCCAUUGACUUCCAUAGUAGGAAAAAAUUAUACUAUGGCAGUCAGUGGCUUCAGUCAACUGUCUGGUUACCAACAUUUGUCAAAAUAUCUUCUUUUGUGUUCAACAGAAGAAAGAAACUCAUACAGGUUUGGAACAACUUGAGGGUGAGUAAAUGAUUACAGAAUUUUCAUUUUUGAGUGAGCUAUCCCUUUAAGCACAAAUAAACUAAAAUCAAUACAAUGUACAUACACUGUAGAUAAUUAUAAACCAUCGUAUUAUAAAAUAACUUAAAUAUUGUGUUAAUUUUAUUUCAUUUGGUAAAUAUUCCAAAGUUGGAACCAUUUUUAGAGAAAUGAGGAGUUCAAAAAUUCAUUCUAGUAAAAUUCUGUCUAUAUAUAAAUUUAGAAAACAUAUAUCAUAUCUAAAUCUCUUCAUAUAUAUAUAUAUAUAUAUAUAUAUAUCAAAAGGAAGAGAUUUAGAUAUGAACUCACAUUUCUCACCAAAUUAUCUGAGCAAUAGAACAAAUUUGAAAGUUGGAAAGGAAAAUAUGUAAAUAAGAUUGUUCUAAUUAUUUUUUGUUCCUCUUACAUGGUAGAAAGACGCUAAACCAAACAUGGUUAACCGACCACAAGAGGAAGAAAAAGGGUAAAGAAAAAACCCUCAAGCUUUAUACAGUUUAUUAAAGGAAAUCAGAUUUGCAUAUGCGUGAGCUCAAAAUAGAUUAAUAUUUGCCUCUUAUUUCAAAGCCUGCUGUUCAUUUCUCUCUAUGUUGUUUUUGCUAGUGUACAUUUUAAUAUUUAUACAUUUGUGGUUUAUUUCAUGGUGAUAGUUGACCUGGCAAACCUAAUGAGCUUCAGUCAUGUGUUGUGUAUGCAUGUAGGCUUGCUAUUGAGCUGAUUGACUUGUGAUUACGCAAUUCAGUGAUAUAACAGCAGGUGUCAGUAAAGAGAUUACUUUGUUAAAUCCCUUUGUGUAACUAUCUUGCAUGUGAACCUGUAUAUUCUGAAUGGUAAGAAUGUAUGCAGUUCUUUGCAGUUACAAAAGUAUAAAUAAAGUAUAGUUUGUCAUUUUUGGAGAAAAUGUGAAUGGUGCUUGCAUGUGCAAAACGUGUCAUAUAAUGAUAGUUUUGAUUGAUGCUUUGUUAAAGCAAGCGCUACUAAUAAAAAUCUAUUAAUAACGUG